AUGAAAAAUAUUAUUAAAUCUUUUCCUUAACCUUUAAAGUAUUCAUUCUGUUGUUUUACUUUUAGAAUAGUCAAAAGUGUCUCAUUCACACUUGUCCAACUGGAUGUUUAACAUGCAGUGGAACUAGUGGUAAUUGUGGUGCAUGCACACCUGGGUGUGAGCUAAGAGGGUCUACUUGCGUUACUUGUUUGUCAGGUGUUUGUACACCUUGUCACCUACCAUGUGCGACCUGUAUUACAGGCAGCUUAGAUUGUUAAACUUGUAAUAAAACAAUUAACUAAGGUGGGUUAAGCUAUUAAUGUUUAGUAGGAUUUAUCAUGAACACCUCAAAUUACUUUGUGAUAAAUGUUAAUUUCUAUGUGCAACAUGUUAAACAAACAUAAAUUAUUGUUUAACAUGUGCUUUAGCCUAUACUUUUAAUUCUGUUAAUCACAUAUGCGAAUGCCAAUUUAAUCAAUUUUGAGCUAAAUGGUACAGUAAAUCUAAUUUUAUAAAGAAGUAAGUGUAUCCCUAAAAGUUGUUAAAAAUUGUACCAGACAAUGUUAAACUUGUGCAUCGUUAGAUACUUUUUGUACAUCAUGCAUUUCAGGACUAAACAAAAAACUAUUGAAUAAUUAAUGUGUCUGUGGUGAUGGCUUUUAUGGGAGUGCUUUUUGUUCACCUUGCAACCUACCAUGCAAAAAUUGUAUUUCAAGUGCAGUUUGUACGUCCUGCAAUGACUCAAUUCAUCAAACAGAAGUCUCUUGUACCUGUCCUGCAACUCUUUAUAUGAAUGCAUCUUUCAUGUGUUAAAGUUGUGUCAGUCCUUGCUUAAAUUGUACUUCAGACUUAUCAUGA